AUUGCAACGUGCACCAACACCACGACUCCCACUCCCGCUGCACCAGCGACGGCCGCCUCCGCAAUCGCACGGGAGACCGCAGUUACCUGAUUGACACGACCGCGCACCAAACACUUGGUGCCGUUCCCCAACAUCGCACACACUCGAAGGACCGCCGAGCGAGAUCAUGGCUCCCAUAUUUGUGUUAGCAGAAACGUCCGCCGGCUAUGCCUUGUUCAAGGCGAAGGACAAACGGCUCCUUAAUGGCGAUGCCGCGCUGGGAAGUGUCGAGGAGACUGUGAACGCUCUGAAGCUUAAAAAGUUCGAGAAAUUUGAAAAUGCCGUCACGGCACUAAACGAAGCUGCCGCGCUGACUGAGGGCAAAGUAACUCCAAUGCUCUCAGGACUGCUCGCUUCUCUCAAGGACGAAACAAAAGCCGCGCUCGCCGUCGCCGACCCCAAGCUCGGCAACGCUAUCGCGCAGCUACCGAAUCUUGCGUUGAGGAUCGUCGCCGACUCCUCAACACAGGACGUUUACCGCGCUAUUAGAGAACACCUUCCCUCGCUGAUCACCGACCUGGUCCCGACAGAAAUUGACUCCACGCGAUUGGGUCUCUCUCAUUCGCUAUCGAGGCAUAAAUUGAGGUUUAGUCCAGAUAAAGUGGACACUAUGAUCGUCCAAGCAAUAGCAUCGCUUGAUGUUUUGGAUAAGCAACUCAACGUAUACGCCAUGCGUGUGAAGGAAUGGUACGGGUGGCACUUCCCUGAGCUUGCGAAGAUCCUCAACGAUAACCUAGCGUAUUCACGCGUCGUCCUGACGAUGGGAUUUCGAUCCAAUGCCCGCAGCUGCGAUCUUUCCGCUGUGCUACCAGAAGAAAUUGAGUCAGCCGUUAAGGCGGCGGCGGAAAUUUCAAUGGGAACCGAGAUUAGCGAUGAGGAUCUCGAGGCCACAAGCGCUCUAGCUGAGCAGGUCGUUGACUUGACAGAGCACCGCCAAAACCUGUCCAACUACCUCAGCACGCGUAUGCAAGCGCUAGCGCCAAAUCUGACUGCCCUCGUUGGAGAGCUAGUAGGAGCGAGGCUCAUCGCCCACGCCGGGUCCUUGAUGAACUUAGCCAAAUCCCCUGGAUCGACUAUACAGAUUCUCGGUGCUGAGAAGGCCCUAUUCCGCGCAUUGAAGACGAAACACGACACGCCCAAGUACGGCCUCAUAUAUCAUGCAUCCCUCAUUGGCCAGGCAACCGGCAAGAACAAGGGCAAAAUUGCGCGCAUGCUUGCUGCUAAAUCCGCGCUCGGUCUACGCAUUGACGCGCUCAGCACCUGGGGUGUUGGCUCCGAGGACGCCUCAAACGAGCCUACUGAAGAAGAGAAGUCGCAAGUCGGUCGCGAAGCGAGGAUCGGCAUCGAGAGGCGGUUGCGGGCGCUUGAAGGCAAGCCGCUGAAGAGCUUAGCCAACGCGAAUCAAACACCGAUGGCCGGCUCGAAGAAGUGGGAGGUUAAGGAAGCGCGGAAGUACAAUCCGGACGCCGACGGCCUCACAGGUAACGAGCCCGCUGCGAAAAAGGCCAAGACUGCUCAGGUGAACGGCACGACCCCGAAGAAGUCCCUCGUACAGGAAGUCGAGAGCGAGGACGAGGAUGAGAGCAUGGCUGAUGGCGAUGCUGGUGCUGAAGAAUCGGAGUCGGAGGCCGGUGAGGACAAGCCACAGAAGGGCAUGACCAAGGAAGAGAAGAAGUCAGCCAAGAAAGCAGAAAAGGAGGCUAAGAAGGCGCGAAAAGCAGAGCGUGCAGCAAAGCGCGAAGCAAAGGCAGCAAAGAAGGCGGCCAAAGAGGCGAAGAAGGCAGAGAAGGAGAGCAAGAAGCGGAAACGCGAUGAUGAAGGUGAAAAAAGUGAGAAGAAGAAAAAGAAGAAGAGCAAGGACUAAAUACGCGGAUCGAGCAUGUAGUGGAAGGGGUCAGGCUGUUGCUUUCUCUGGCUCUAUGUCACAGAUAAAAUGGGGCAUGGCGUUUACGGGGAGAUUGAUCAUUUGGCUUGCCAUCCGUGAGCGAGUCGGGCGUUUCCCGAUUGGGAGGAUAGGUUGUCCAUGUUUUCUUUCUUCGACUCAUGUGCGCUAUUUAGGGUCGUCGCUGGGUGUCAGGUGUGGUCCUAGCAGGUGAAAUACCCGCGGCGUGAUAAAGCAUAUGAAAAUCCAGUCGAAA